AUGUCAAUACAGGUCGGGGCCAUGCUGCUGUCAGGUCCUUUGGCCAGUGCCUUUGUGAACCGCUUCGGAUGCCGCGCGGUGGCGUUUGUGGGAACUAUAAUAGCCACUUCCGGUUUCCUUAUCAGCGCGUUCGCUUCCUCAGUCCUAUGGCUGUAUGUAUCAUUUGGGCUCAUCGCAGGGCUGGGUUUCGGUCUGCUGAACAUGCCCCCGUACGUGAUGAUCGCCCGAUACUUCGACCGGCGACUUUCCCUCGCUAUCGGACUGGGCUCCAUGGGCUCAGGACUUGGAAUGCUUAUCUUGAACCCCAUGUCUGAGAUGCUUAUCGACGAGUACUCCUGGCGGGGCACGCUUGUUAUACAGGCGGGUAUGAUCCUUCACGGACUGGCCUGCUCGCUCGUCCUGCGUCCGCUUAACCACACAGCUCGUGAACCAGACAAUCGCGGGCAGAGAAAAACAAUUACAGACACGGAGCUAAAUAAAAAAAGGGAUUUGCACAAUGGAGAUAGUGUUGAAAUUACAUCAUUUCAACAAAAUGUUUCGUUGAAGUUAAUUUCAAAUUCAAAUCUUAAAAAGGUGGUCUUCGAAACCAAGUUGCUGGAAAAACAAGGUAUCGAGGAAGAUGAUACAAACACAUGUACUGAAAUUAUUGAAAUUACUCUUGCAGAGUCAAUACUACAGAUUAACCAAAGACGUGCUUUAAACGAAGACGUGCAACGCAACUACACGGGACAGAAACGAUGGCUUAGUAUCGCCCCCUUACGCAACCCGGGCUUUGUGAUAUUGAUUGUCUCCAACUUGCUAACAGAACUGGCACAUAAUGUCCCCUUCGCGUAUGUGCCCUAUAUGAUGGUCGAUAAAGGGUUCCCGAAACAGGAUGCAGUCACUGUGAUCUUCUGUAUUGGUCUCCUCAGUACGAUAGCACGAGUUGUAAUUGGCUGGAUAGCGGACCGGAAAUGGGUCAGUCGGGCGCGCCUGUGCAGCCUCGUGCUUGUUAUCAAUGGCGUGUUGAUCACCAUGGCGCCUUUCUGCGCCAGCCGCACCGCCUUCUUGGCGUUCGGAAUCCUCUUUGGACUAUCCACCGGAAGCGCCAGCUCUCUGCGUGGCUCCCUGGUACCAGACCUGUUUGGCGAGGCGCAGAUAGCGGACUUCAGCGGCAUAAACAGGUUUUUCAGCGCUGUCGCGGCCUUCACCGGCCUUCCCGCUGCAGAAAGGCGCAGUAUUGUGAUAGACUCCGAGUAG